UCCCUCUCCACUGACUGGAUGUGCGGCCCAAGCGAGGAUUUUUUACGAAAACAUCCACCGCAGACUGCGUACCAGUACCAAACGAGAAGGGUGCUACGACGAACGGGACCCGACGCUAUGGACCCAGCGGAAUGACAGCCGAUUCGAUGGCGUUUUUAAAAGUUGGAUAACGGUGUUUGGCCCUGAACGGAGACGGUAGAAGCGUAAAAGCAGAUUUAAUGGCAAUGAGUGCUGUAUCACUUGUUAGAUAGACAGACAGAGAGAGAGAGAGAGAGAGAGAGAGAGAGAGAGAGAGAGGAGAGAGAGAGAGGGAGAGAGGGGCCAAAGUGGACUCCCUCCCUCGGUAGAGCUCGUUCCGCCCGAUGGAGGCUGACGGGACCUUUGCAGUGAGCUCGAGGCCCGGAAUGUCACCUGCGAUACGUCGACACCUCGCUGGAAGACGUAAUUAGGGAGAAAGACCGCGCACACCUGUCCGCGCUCUCGACGACUCAUUUCCCAACUUCGUAGUAAGCUUUGUACACAAAAACAAAAGUUAGCAGGUCAACGUUAGCUGCGGGAGGCGAGAUGACUAUCAUAGAUAUCACUUAACGAGAGGUUAUUCACCGCCUCAGGUAACCUCGGACAGGUGAACGACCCACCAUUACUCCUUCUUAAUGGACUUCACGUUUAUUUCUUCUGACCCGUUUGUUCUAGAAAGUUUUCCUAUUACAAUAUUCCGCCAUCAGCAAGUUGACUCCAACUCAUUUGGCUGCGAGAGUUGAGCAGUUUUGUUUAACAAACAAGGACCUCUUGGACUUUUUUUUUCUCAGUAAGUGUCGCCUUUUUUUUUUUCAUCAACCAUGUCAUUCAAAGACAAUCCUUGCCGGAAAUUUCAAGCCAACAUUUUCAACAAAAGUAAAUGCCAGAACUGCUUUAAGCCCAGAGAAUCACAUCUGCUGAACGACGAAGACUUAAAUCAGGCAAAACCUAUAUAUGGAGGAUGGUUGCUGCUGGCACCAGAGGGAACAAAUUUUGACAAUCCCUUACACAGAUCCCGGAAAUGGCAAAGGAGGUUCUUCAUCCUUUACGAGCAUGGCUUACUUCGCUACGCUCUGGACGAAAUGCCCAGCACUCUACCCCAGGGUACAAUCAAUAUGAACCAGUGCUCUGAUGUCGUUGAUGGAGAGUCCAGGACAGGUCAGAAGAACUCGCUGUGCAUCCUGACCCCUGAGAAAGAGCACUUCAUACGGGCUGAGUGUAAAGAAAUUAUCAACGGGUGGCAGGAGGCUCUGACUGUAUAUCCCAGGACCAACAAGCAGAACCAGAAGAAAAAACGCAAGGUUGAUCCACCCACUCACCAGGGUGGAGUAACUCCAAGCCAGUGUUUUUCCACUGAAGACAUGAAUGGACACCCAGAACCUGGCCCUGCCAAGGUGACCGUGACCAGCAGCAGCAGUGGAGGAAGCAUACCUUGCCUGCCCAGCAGUAUCGCCAGUGCUGAGCGUGUCCCGAUGAGCCGUGCCACUCUGUGGCAAGAGGAGAGCCGCUGGAGCCGGGCCACCAUCCCCUGCAGCCGCAGUGCCUCCUGUAUCAGCCAGCUGAGCCAGAGCCAAACAGACUCCAGUAUCACCACUCAAGAUGAUAGCGGCACCAUAAGCACUGGGCGCAAGGUACGAGUGGAGAGUGGUUACUUUUCCCUGGAGAAGACCAAGUCGGAGCCCUCUCCACAGUCUUCACAGCAUUCUCCACCCCAGCAUCUGCCCCUGUCCUCCUCAGCAUCCUCCUCCUCUUUAGGAGCUCUCAGUCCCAGGUAUAACUCUGAGUCAGAACCCCAGAUUUCCCCUUAUCAACCCUCCCAAGAUCCUCUUCCUUCUCCAGGUGCACUUGUUUCCCCCAGCUACUCCACCAUCAGCUCCUCUCAGAGCUCACUGGACUCUGAGCCCAGUGGGACUACACCCACCUGGGAGCGACACAGUGGUGGUGGAGGAAGCACUGGUAGUGUCAGUGGCGGAGGAGGCAGAGUGGGCCGUUCUGGCAGGGAAUAUGCAGCACUGUCUGAUGUUCCACGGGCUCGCAGACUGAGUUAUCGCGAAGCCUUUCGCUCAGAGAAAAAGCGCCAAGAGCUGAGGGCACGGACACGGAGUCCUGGCAGAGAGGAGGUGGCUCGGCUGUUUGGGCAGGAGCGCAGGCGUUCUCAAAUCAUUGGCCGAUUCCAGGAAGGUCAGCAUGUAGAGCGUAUGGACACAAGCAGCUCCAAUGAGCCCUCGGCUAACACCACACUAAUCCAGAGACAAGGCCGCAGCGAGAGACGCUAUCUGGCUAACAAACAUGAGGCGUCACUGGAUGCAGGAAAGGACCGUGCAGUCUCUGAUGUGUCCAGCUCCAUUUUUUCGAAUUUAAGAAGAGCCAAGUCACUGGACCGUAGAGUCACUGAGUCCUCAAUGACUCCAGAUCUGCUGAACUUCAAAAAAGGAUGGAUGACAAAGCUGUAUGAAGAUGGAAUGUGGAAGAAACACUGGUUUGUCCUGACAGAUCAGAGUUUGAGGUACUACAAGGACUCAAUAGCAGAGGAGGCUUCAGAACUGGAUGGUGAGAUUGACCUUUCCACAUGCUAUGAUGUCAAAGAGUUCCCAGUGCAGAGGAAUUACGGUUUCCAAAUCCUGUGUAAAGAGGGAGCUUGCACCCUGUCAGCCAUGACCUCUGGAAUCCGUCGCAACUGGAUUCAGGCCAUUAUGAAGAAUGUGCGACCCACUAUUGCCCCAGAUGUCACCCGGAAAAACAUCUCUCUGAAACUAUCCGUUCUGAAGCCCAGAUCUCUCCCCGAGGAGAAGACAAAAGCCCAAGUGAUGUUGGAGCCAUGUCCACAGCCCACCCCCGAGCCAAGUCCCAAUACUGAGGCCCCCAAGUCUGACGUCCACAGACAGCCAGCUGGCAAUAAUGCCUCUGCCCCUCCCUCUGAGCCCCGUAAAAGUCGCGUUCGUGAGCGUAGACGAGAGGGUCGCUCCAAGACUUUUGACUGGUCAGAGUUCAAAAUGGAACAAACAGAAAAGCCUAUGAAGGAACGAGCAGAAACAGUCGAUCUCAGCUCAUCAUUCUCCACAACUUCCUCAUAUUGUUCUCCCUCCUCGUCUCCUUCCUCAUUAGCGUCCUCACCUGUCUCUACCUCCUCCCUCCAAACCUCUUCUGUGUCAGGUGCUCACCCACCUUCUAUGACAGAAGAAGCAGAAAAGGAGAAUGUUAGGAGGGGUGUUCCUCCACAUAGCACGACUAGUGCAACCCACAUGCCAAAUACUGUUAGUGUCACCAUGACUUCCACGCUAAACACUACAUCCCCGGUACAGCAAUCAAUAUCUGAAUGCCAAGAGCAAGGAAAGAUGGAAGUAGACCACCCUACAGCCAUGCAUCCUGCUAGUGGAGAUAAGAAGGACAACAGAACUUCAGACGUCCAAGAAGAGAUUGAGCAUCGAUGGCAUCAGGUGGAGACGACACCAUUAAGAGAAGAAAAGCAAAUCCCCAUCAACACAGCUUUAGGAAACUCUGGAAACUCUGACAGAUUGCCUGCACAUGAGCUUGCUGCGCUGCUAGACAAAGAGUUGGGACAGAAGCAGAAGGAGCUGGACCGACUACAGAAGCAAAACAACGUCUUAAAAGAGCAGUUGGAAAAUGCACUAGGGAGAGAACAAAGUGCCAGAGAGGGCUAUGUACUGCAGAGUGCAACAGCCCCUUCCUCUUCACCGCAAAGAGUGCCAUGGCAACGCUUGCACGCGCUUAAUCAAGAUUUGCAGGGCGAGUUGGAGGCCCAAAAGCGUAAGCAGGACCUUGCUCAACAACAGAUUCGAACACUAAAGAGAAGCUACACAGAAGCCCAGGAUGCUGUAGACCGCCAUGAGACUGAUAUUCAGGCUCUGCAGACUAAACUAGCAUCUGCAAUGGCUGAAAUCUUGGCUAGUGAACAGGCUGUGGCCAGAAUGCGCAAUGAGCUCAAGCUAGAGCAGGAGCGUUCAAAGGAACAAGAAGAGGAACAUGGCCGUAGUGAGACCACCCUACGAGCCCAACUAAAGGACAGUGAAGAUAGACUCCGUGAAGUAGAGGCCAACCUCUUAGAGCGAAACCAGGCUCUUAGGCACCUGGAGCGCCAGCAAGCCUUGCAACGAGACCACAUGAGAGAGAUACAGAGGCUGCAGGAGAGACUGCAGGAGGUGACUGCUCGGCUAAGUGCUACUGAAGAGGGUCAGGCACUGAAGGAGGAACGCCUGAGGAAGGAGAAACAUAGCAUGCAAGAGAGUCAUGAGAGGGAAAGACAGAAUCUAUGUAGAAGAUUAGCUGAGGCUGAAACUGCACAAAGAGAGGUGGAGAACAGAUUGUUGGAGGCUGAGCAGCAGGUGGAGGCCCUGCUAAGAGGGAGGCAGGCCUCAGGAAGCAAAGAAUGCAGGGAGGAAAUGCUGAAGUUGCAAGAGGAGCUGGACCAUAAGACUGACAUGGUUGAGUCACUGAGGGAGAGUGUACGUAGGCUAGAAGAAGAGAAAGGCCAUCUCACAUGCCGCUGUCAGGAGCUAAUUAACCAGAUUGCAGAAGCAGACCGUGAGGUGAAUAAGCUCCGCAAUCGUCUGGAAACGGAAGAGGCUGAUUACAACACCCUGGAGCACUCAUAUGAGAGGGCUACCCAAGAGUUUCAGAAAAUGAGCCAGUUCCUUAGAGAAAAAGAGGAAGAGAUCCGGCAAACUAAGGAGAUGUAUGAGAGGCUGGUGGAACGCAAGGAAGACGACUUAAAAGAGGCCCUUGUUAAAAUGACUGCACUUGGCAACAGCUUGGAGGAAACAGAACAGAAAUUGCAAGCUAAGGAGGAGCUUCUUUGUCAAAUGAGUCAAAGCCUCUUAGAUAAGGUUGAGCCCUGUAGUGCUGAAAAGGACCUGCAAGCCAAGCUUGUGGUUGCAGAGGACCGCAUAGCAGAGCUAGAGCAGCAUCUCAAUGCCUUGCAGCUGGGCUAUGCUGAUCUACGCUUGGAAAGGAAGCAAAACCCAGAACAGAGCAAGAAGGGAAGGCUGAAAACAUCGGCCUCCUUAUCACCAAACACAGGGCUCCCACUUUCCUUUGACAAGACACCCAAGACAGAGAACCCCCCAGAUGAUAAGGAAUCUCAAGCUAAGAGACCAAGGAUACGUUUUUCCAGUAUUCAGUGCCAAAAAUACAUAAAUCUAGAGAGCAUGGACACUAGUCAUGUGAGCAGUACCUUUGCAGAGACGAGACAAAAAGUUAAUCAGGAAGUAAUUGAGGACAUCCAUCUAACUGAAGGAAACAUCUCCUCUGAUAUCACAUUCCCUCACAGUAGUGACCCAGAAAAGUUUAUCUCUAUCAUACAUGCCCUGGAGACUAAAUUGCUGGCCACUGAGGAGAAACUAAGAAACCUUACACAGAAUCUAGAAGAGCAACGAUCCGUCCAAACAGAACACAUGUCCAAGAUUGAUCUGAAGAUGACAGAAACAAAGCCUAACCCUGAUAAAGAGUUGAGUUGUGGAAGUGGGAUACAGGGCAGUGCUGCCAAUAAGCAUUAUGCCAUGGCCCUGGUGUAUGUGGAAAAUAGUCGAGAGAAAGUCAAGGCUAUUCUCAGUGGCUGUCAUGAUACCACAGAUUCACAGCUACACUCAUUGUCAGAGAUAGAGAACGAUUUGUUCAAUGCAUCACUGUACAUCAGACAAGGACAAAAGACACUGGAGGAGCAAUCACCAGUUGUCCAUCAAAAUCAAAAUCCUGAGACUCUAGAUAAAGACGCUUUGCACCUCUUUACCAAAACUCUGUCAUUUGAAGCAGUAGUGUUGAACAAAAUGGCUUUGUUAAUACAGACUUCAAAAUCUGACAUCCUGCAAGCUCUUGCAGAGAUAUGGGAAGACAUAGAAAACAUUAAAAAGAGUGACAAAGAUUGCUUGGCCAUAGUUUAUGCUGAUGUCUUGACCAGGAAGUUGAUGUUAGAGAGUGCAUUCUGGAAAGAACUGGAGAAAGCUGAGACAGAUGUUGCUAAGUCCAAAGAGGGAAGUGUUUCAGCCGAUGUAGAUGUUGAUGCCGCUGUUAUCUUUAACACCUUCAUUAAAGCAGAGCUAGCCUACUCUAUUCAAAACCUUAAACAUUGCUAUGAAGAGAAAUUCCAAAUUCUGAAAAGGGAGUUAACUGAAGCCCGAAAUAACCUAUAUCAAAGGGAAAUGGCUCUUAGAGCAAUUAUUGAAGCUUCCAAAAGACCUGAUUUGAAAAAUGUAAUAAAAGAAGUCAAAAAUAACUUUGGGUUUAGUAAACAAAAGUUAGCUGACGUUCACCCCCCUGAACUUGCUCCCUACAUGGAGCAGAUUAAAAUGGAAGAGGCUCGAGACUUGGCUGAGGAAAUUGUAGACAGACACUUGUCGGGAGAAAGUACCUCUUGUGGUGUUGACUCUAUUGAAUCACUGCAAAAUGCACAUGACAACCUGGCUAAUGAGCUUCAAAGGCAAGCAGCAAUGCUCCAUAAGUAUGCUCAAGAGAUAGAAAGUGGUGGAAACCACCCUGCACUGACUAAAAUGAUCCAUGCUCUUCUAGGGAACCAAACUUCACAUAAUUUCACAAGUACCUCUCUUUGUAUGCGCGAAGCCCUAAUCCAAGCUCAAGUGGCUUAUGUUGCAUGCAGGUUACGGGCCAUGCAUGAACAAGACUUGGGCUGGUGUCAACAGACAGGUCAAAACAUGGAUGCUCUUGUCCAGCAGCAUGCCCACAAUGUCAGUGCAAUCCAAGAGAAAUAUGAAGCAUCCUUACAAGAGGAGCGCCUGAACUUCACACAAACAGUGGGCACUCUCCAGAAGGAGAACCAAACACUAAAGAGUGAGAUCAGCAAACGUGUGAAUCAGCUCUCCCAGCAACAAGAGCAACUGGCUCUCCUGGAGGAGCAUUUCCAGAAGGAGACUGAAGAGCUAAAGCAGAGGCACAAGCAAGAGCUGAGCCAAGCAGAGAAAAGCCGUGCCUCAACAGAGCUGGCACUCAUGGAGACCACAGCUGACAGCCAGAGAAAGCUAGAGGUUCUGCUGGUGGACAUGGACACCAUGGAAGAGCGGCACGAGAGUCAUGUGAGGAAACUGGAGGAGCAGUUUGAACAGAGGAUCUGUGAGCUGCAGCAAAUCCACAAAGAGGAAAUUGAAAAGCUACAUUCCCAGUAUAUGGAAAACAUUCAACGUGUCCAAGAGUACCAACAGGACAAAAAAGGCCUUGAUGUUUGCCAUUCGCCUUGUGAUGAGGCCACUACACCAAUGGAAGAGGAGGAGCAGGGGAAGGGGGAGAAUGCACAGAACAUGUCAGAGGUAGACUCCAUGGUGGUUCUGAAGGAUCGGAUCCAGGAGCUGGAAACUCAGAUGAACACCAUGAGGGAUGAACUGGAGAACAAGCACCUAGAAGGAGAUGUGGCCAGCCUGAGAGAGAAAUACCAGAGAGACUUUGAAAGUCUUAAGGCCACGUGUGAACGUGGCUUUGCAGCAAUGGAAGAAACGCACCAUAAGGUAAUACAAGACCUCCAGAGGCAGCAUCAAAGGGAGAUUUCCAAACUUAUGGAAGAGCGAGAGAGACUAUUGGCUGAGGAGACUGCUGCCACAAUUGCUGCUAUUGAAGCGAUGAAGAAUGCGCACAAGGAGGAAAUGGAGAAGACCCAUCGCUCCCAACUGAGUGGAGUGAACUCUGACAUUGAUGAACUUCGCUUGCAAUAUGAGGAGGAGCUGCAGUCCAUCCAGAGAGAACUGGAGGUUCUGUCAGAGCAGUACUCCCAGAAAUGUCUGGAGAACGCUCACCUGGCCCAGGCACUGGAGGCCGAGAGGCAGGCCCUCAGGCAGUGUCAGAGAGAGAACCAGGAGCUAAACGCUCACAACCAGGAAUUAAAUAACCGACUGACUGCAGAGAUUACUCGGAUGCGCUCUUGUUUCAGCGGUGAAACAGCGCUGUCACCACUUACCCAGGGCAAAGAUGUGUAUGAACUGGAGGUGUUGCUACGAAUUAAAGAGUCAGAGAUCCAAUAUCUCAAGCAGGAAAUCCACUCUUUGAAAGAUGAACUGCAGUCUGCUUUAAGAGACAAGAAAUAUGCCACAGACAAAUACAAGGACAUCUAUACGGAGCUCAGCAUUGUGAAAGCAAAGGCUGACUGCGACAUCAGCAAACUGAAGGAGAAACUGCUCAUAGCCACAGAAGCUUUAGGCGAGAGGACUGUCGAUGGAACGGUCACACCUGGAUACGAUAUUAUGAAAUCAAAAAGUAAUCCAGAUUUCAUGAAAAAGCAAAUCAAGCAAUCAAGAGGCGUAAGGUCAAAGUCUGUCACUGAACAGGUCUCAUGGGAUAGCUGACACUCCCAUUGUGGGAUGAUUCCCCCCCAACCCCCGCCCCAAGAUGUGCUAGCCUGAAAGAGGGACUAACUGUGCAGGAACGUAUGAAGCUUUUUGAGGCAAAAGAUUCCAAAAAGAUUUGAACAUCAAAAAUCUGAAGUUUCUUUUCCCUUCCCUGACCUUGGUGUGUGGUCAGAUUGCUACGGCCAUGCCAGCAUCAGCUGAAGACUCUUACAGGAAAUGGAAAAAAUCUGUCACGGUCAAUUCUAAAACUGGACCUGCUGCUUCCAUGCCUCUAAUAAGUUGUCAUACUUUUGUUUGUUUUUUUAAGUUAAUGGAAAAAGUUUUAUUGAAUCAGUCCUGUGUAAGGUUUCUUUUUAAAAAAAUACAUAGAUGGUAUAAUCUGUCCAAGUUGGAGAUGUGUCAAAUAAGCUGUGAGAGGGAUACAUGACAGCAUUUUUAUUGAUCCUCCAGAAUGCCAAAACAGACAGCAAUACACAGUAUGAAUAAUAUAUAUUUCCCAAUAUGAAUUAAGUAUCUGCUGUAUUUUAUUAUUGUUACAGUUUCUAUAUCUAAUAAUUUUUAAUGUGUUUAAUGUUGCACCAGUUCUGUUGUACAUAACUACUGGAUAUAUGUAAGAGUAUGGUUUGCUAUUGAUUGUUGGGGCAUCUGCUGUACUAUAACUAUGGUUUGAUUGAUAGUGGAAAUCAAUGUGAUGCUUACCUUGCUUGUGUAUGAGAGUUUUAUAAAAAUGGAGUGUCUGUGUGUGAAGGGGUAAAGAGGGGUGGGAUUGCACUUAUCACUUGACUACUUGAGGAAUUUCUCUUUUAUUAUUUGUCUCAAAUUGGUGUAGUGACUUCAAGUCAAUUAUUGCAGUGCAACCAAACAUCCUGACUUCUGUCAAAUUUAGUGAACAACCGUGACUUGUUAGUGAUACUGGAUUGUUGUUUUUUUUUUUUUAAGUUUCUUAAAACCUGAAUUUGUGUUUGCUCACUUUUGACUUUGGUGUGAGAAUAUCAUCUCAGAAAAACUAUUUAGUACUUUGCAUGACUGUACAGUAUCAUUUGAAUUGCUGAAUGAUCAUGUUGCCUCAUUUUCCUACUUUAUGCUUUAGUGUGGAACUCUUAACACUAAUAAGCUUUGCUUUGCAAGUCCUACUGUUUAGGUGUUGAGAUUGAAAUGUUUUACUGUAAGCGGCAGUCUUGAAGCACUUGGCCCAAUCCCUGACCUCUCACUGAAAUCUAGUCGUGCCUCAACUGAGUAAAGAAUAUAAACAUCCAUGAAACCUGUGCAGCUAUGGAUACACACUGUAUAGUAUUCAAACCACGCCUUGUAAAUAUAUAUGCCACACGGAAGACUUCUGUGUUUUGUUUUAAACUUGUACCUUGCUCACUAGCUCUAUAUGAAAUAUAUAUAUGAAUAUUUUUUAUUUUCAUUUGAAUGUAUAACGUCAAAUAAAUGAAGUGUUUGGAAA